GCUUAUAAUCUCAGUUGACUUGUUCCCCAUUCUGAUUCUUCUACGAAAUUACUCUAGUUUUAUAUCUUCAAGUAACAGAAAUUAGUGAAGCAUCACGGAAAAUCAUGCAAAUAAAAGUUAAAACUAGAACCAUAUAAGGUUUAACAUUCUUCCUCGGUUCCAACCAUUAUAACUUGCAGUCAAAUGUUUAGGACAUAGAUAUAGCUCUCUUUGUUUGUUCGAUACAGUUAGUUAACCAAGUUUUGGAUUUUGGCCUAAAUGCUUGUUUAUGGGGUGUCUUUAUUGGAGCUAAAUUGGCUUCUUGGGUUGCUUGGUUUGGCAAAAAAGAAAGCACCCAAUAUUUCUGAUCAGAGCAGCAACACUAGUGACACUGAGCCGUGGUCCCUGCUGUUCAUUUUGCUGGCAAUUGUGGUUGGCCUUGGGUGGUUGCACUUUCAUCAGUUGGAUGAAAACAGAGAGCACAGUCCUAGUGUUAAUGAGCAGGAGGAGCACAGCAGUGGUGAAUCAAGUUCUAGCCAUUAUUUUGAUGAGGAUCCGCAGCUCCGUCCGCUGACCGCCACCCGUGGAGGCGCUGCAGGGAGACGUGGUGCUUGUACCUUGUGCGGCAAUCUAAGCACCACAAGAUGCUCACGCUGCAAGGUUGCAAGAUAUUGCUCAAUGAAUUGCCAAAUUAGUCAUUGGAGGUCAGGGCAUCAAUAUGAGUGCUGUGAAAUAGAGACUGAGGCGGAUCAAGCAAGAGAUGUCCAUGAUCAUGGUUCUACUUCUAUGCUUGUUGAGAAGCCUGAAAUGGAGAGUAUCUCUAAUCCAUCCCAAGGAGAUGUAGUUGAGUCUUCAGAUGUGUCCAGUGGCAGUGAUGUCAACAAAUUUCAUGGUUGUGAAGUAUGUGGUAGCUCAACUACCACAAAAUGUCCACAAUGCAAAGCCGUCAAAUACUGCUCAUUGAAGUGUUUGAUUAUGGAUCGAAGAUGGCAUAAAAAUCAUUGCAUUGCAAUGGACGUGAAUUCAUCCCCAACAGAAACACCUGAUAGAAAUAAUAGGGAAAGAUAUUUUGAGGAAGAAGCAACAAAGUCAAGGAAUGAGAUUUUUUGGCUUAGAUCAGAGUGUGACAAGUGGAAAAAGAAAGCAAAUUUGUCUAGAGAAACAUUGCAAAGCUUCAAGGAAGAAUCAGAACACCAGUUGUCUGUGUUGGAAAAUGAAAAGGAAUCAAUGUUUAAUGCUGAGAAGAAAGCUUGCAAUAUGAUUCAUAGUUUACAGGAGAGGCUAAACCAUAUGCAGAUUAAAGUGCAAGAAAGCACUGCAGAGAAGAUAAAGCUUGAAGAACAUUUACAAACUUUAGAGAGUGAAUGUGCUAAGCUGAAGACAAAAUUUCAAGAAGAGCAUAAACAUGCUCAAUAUCUCAAAGUGCAGGCUGACAAGAAUCAUGAGGCUGGACGAAUUGCCAAAGAAGAAGUUGAAGCCAUUAGACAAGAGCUUCAAGAAGAGCGUGAACAUGUCCUGCGUCUUAAAGAGGAUUUUCUUAGAGAUGUUGCAUUUGCUGAAUCUAGAGCUGAUUUUGCUGAGGCAAAACUAAAUGAUCUUCGUAAGAAAAUCAGGUUGACAGAUUAUAAGGUUCCUAUUGUGAAAGAUAGUCUGGGAAGACCUGCUAUGGCAUGCACUAUAUGCUUGACCAAUGAACAAGACAUGGCUUUUGGGUGUGGGCAUAUGAAAUUCUUUUGCAGACUUGCAGAGACUGUGGGUCAAAAUUAUCAAAGUGUCCUAUAUGCCGUGAGCAGAUCACAAAUCAUAUCAAGCUGUUUCCUGGUUGAGAAAAUUUAGGAGCUUAUAUAUUAUUUUCUGGGAACCAAUUGUAAUUUGUACUUAUAAUCCUGUAAAAAGUUUCUCAUCAAUGUUACAUGUAAUAUAUUUCAUAUGUGUUAUAGUUCUACAUGUACAUUCCAAGGCUAUUCAUACCAUGAUUGAGUAUUAUAACAUACUUAUUACUUACUCCUGCAA